ACAAAUCAAGUGCUUUCUUAAACGCCUUAGUUCGAAGCAUAAAUAUGAAAUCUAAUGUUAUAGAUGGAAAGGUAUCACGUUUUUUUGUUGCUCGCAAAUAGGAGGUUCCAAGUGCCAUGUAUGCGUUUUGUAAAAAAGCAGGUAGUUAAAUGAAGUGUAUGAAACAAUGUAGUGAAAGAAAAUGGCAGAAGAUAUUAAAGCUGCAAACUUCAAAAUCUGUGGAGUGUGUGGUGACAAAGCAAUGGGAUAUAACUUCAAUGCAAUUACAUGUGAAUCUUGUAAAGCUUUUUUUCGUAGGAAUGCCUUAAAAACCAAAGAUUUUAAAUGCCCAUUUAAUAAUGAUUGCAAAGUGGAUGUAAUAACCAGAAGAUUUUGUCAAAGAUGUCGACUGAACAAAUGUUUAGAGAUUGGAAUGAAGAAAGAAUGGAUUUUGACAGAUGAAGAAAAGCAGUUGAAAAAUGCAAAGAUUAAAGAAAACAGACAAAAACGAUAUGUUCCAUAUCAGUGUCAUAAGAAAAAAUGUGUUGAAAGUACAAUUAAAAGAAUUCACUCAUAUAGUCCUGUUGAAGUUCGUAACAUUACUGACUUUUGUAAGCACCGUGCUCGAUUCAUUAAAAUUAAAAAAAGAAGAAAAACUCUCUUUACACCUGAGCCAUCAUGUCCAGCAAGUUUAUUGUUUGGUGAUUCUGUAGAAAAGCAAGCAGAUUCCUGCAGUGACAGUAAUGAGAUGAUGUCUCUGACCAGUGAGCAUGGGUCAGGAGUUUUUUCUGAUUCAGAAUUGAACCAGAAUAGUAUCCCUGUUACUUUAGUCUCUGAUGAAAGUGGUAUCAUUUUCAACAGUGAUAAAGAAAAACAAACAAAACAUUCCUUGGGCUCAGACUUGUCACCUAGUUUAGUGAAGACUAACUCAAAAAAGCAGUCAACACUUUCAGCUUUAAUUAACUCUAAUCCACCCUCAUCAGUUCCUAAGCUCCCAACUUCUUUGUUGGAAAAUGGAGUAGAUGAAUCACAUGUGAGUAGCUCCACUGUACAUACUGACAUACAGUCUAGCAGAGCUUCUAGGUUGAAUGGUUCUUUUGACCCAUUCAUUCCUGAUUCACUUGAUUAUUACAAAAUUUCAUCAGAUUUGAAUCCAUCACAUUUCAGCAAUCAAAGUAAAAAGGAUGACAGCAUCAUUCCACGGUCAGUCAUUGACUUAGCUGUUAAAGUUGAGUUUGAUGAUAUCCCACUUCAAAGUCAAGAUUACUGUGAGGAAAAAUUGACUGAAGCAGAAAAAGCAAAACUGACUGAGCUUAUUAUAGCAAAUGAAGUUCUUAAAAUGCCAUUAUCUUAUGGAAAUCCAGAUCCAAGCCUUUUAGAUGUUAUAAACAUGACUGAUCAUGCAAUUCGUCGGCUCAUCAAGAUGUCAAAACGCAUCUAUAGUUUCAAAACUUUAUGUCAGGAAGACCAGAUUUCCCUGUUAAAGGGAGGUUGUACAGAACUCAUGCUACUGCGAUCUGUGAUGACUUAUGAUCCAGAGAAAGACUGUUGGCAAGGUCCACAAACAGUGUCAAUCAAGGUGGAUAUUUUAAAGGAAGCAAGAGGAAACAUUUAUGAAGAACAUAAGAGAUUUAUCAAUUCUUUUGAUCCUUUGUGGCGAUCCAAUGAGAAUAUUAUGUUGAUUCUAAGUGCUAUCACUCUAUUCACUCCUGAACGACCAAAUAUUGUUCACAAGAAUGUGAUACGCUUUGAACAAGAGAGUUAUUAUUACCUUCUACAGAGAUAUCUACAUACAAUCUAUUCAGAAUGGGAAGCUCGUUCUUCCUACCUCAUGCUGAUUUCAAAACUUGAAGAACUUCACCUUUUAAAUGAAAAUCACGUUAGAAUAUUUUUGGAUGUAAAUCCAAAAGAUGUUGAACCACUGUUAAUUGAAAUAUUUGAUUUAAAACACUAGCAUUUCUUUCACUUUAGUGUAUGAACUAAUUUUUUUAAAUCUUUGAAUGUUAGUGAUUAAAAUUUAAUUUGUUGUCCAUGACAAAUAUUCUUAAAAAAAUAAAUUCUUAGAAAUUCUGGAAUAUUUCUGGUGUACGUGUAUAAUAUAUUCUUUUUAGCAAUAAAUUUAAUUAAGAAAUAAUUAUCUACAUUUUAUAUUUUCAUUGACACCAGUGAUUUAUAAUCAGUUUUUAAACUUGGAUAUUUGUGAUGUACAAGAUCGAGAUAUUUAUAUUUUAUAAUUUGGCACUUAGUAAUUUUUAGACUGUAAUAUCAUAAAGUUGCUUUCAGAAUAUACAGUGUAUGUCAUUCAUCUUUGUAUUAUUAGUGUGCAGGGUUAAUUUGGAUAAAAUUCAGGAAGGCAGGCACCGGAUUUUAACUUGCAUUUGUUGAAAUGUCUGAGUUUCUUAGUACUUUUAUCCCAUAUAUAAGACUUUAUCAUCAAUGUCAAAAUAUAAGAAAAUAUUGUUGGGGAAAAUAGUAAUGGACAGAAAACUCAGGUCGUGUAAUUAUGUAGAAUGGAGUCACUUUUUUUUGCAUUUUUGAAUCAAUAAUUUAUCUUUUAGAAAUUAUAAAAACUGCAAAAUUUGGCUGAAUAUUUUUAUAAGAAUUAUUUAAACAUUUAUGAAAAAUAUCUUUGUUUAAAUCAAGAUGAGUCCUUUGUCCAUAUUUUUAGCAUGAUGUGUAAAUGAAACAUAUCUCCAAACCAUACUCCAAAUUGUUAAAUACUUUUGGUUUGAGUAAAAACAUCUGUAGGGAACAUGUAAGUCUGUCUUUUCUCAUGUGGUGUAGUUUUAAGUUAUGUGAGUGAAAGUUGCAUACACAUUAUAUUAUUUAAAGAGUUGAAAAUAUUGUAGAUAUAUUGUUAUUUUAGUCUGUAAAUUAUCUGAUGUCAAAGCCAAAGAGAGAAAUAUUUAGUUGCUGAAUUCUAAUAUUGUAGUUUGCUGCUUUAACAAUUAUAGCUGUAGUAUUGAAACUUGUUUUUUGUUGAAAUUGCAAAAAAACUGUCAUAGUUUAUGACAAUGUAAUAAAGCUCUGUCAAAUUUGUUAGAAAGUUAAAAAAAAAGGUGUGGAAGGUAAAAAUUGAGGGACAAAAAGUUUAAUAAGUUUUGUAAUUAAAAUUAUAUAAGCCCUAACAAAAUUACAAUCCAACUUUCAAAUCUUAUUACUUUUCCUUUGCCUUCACCCACAACGAGUCAGUCAUUACUGCUAAGUCCAGACUGCCUGGAUUAAACUGAUUUCAAAUGUAAUAAAAUAUACACCUUUACCAUAUUAUUUCAGUUACUAUGUUUUAUUUGACACUUGGAACACCAUAGGAUAGAUUUAUUAGUCAUGAAUUUGAUAUUCUUAACCAUACACUUGCUAUGAGAGUGAAGUUAAUUCAUAUUAGCAUGAUGCUUCUACGAAUCAUGUAUGUAGUCUGCCAUAACUUUAUGUUCAGGCAUGACAGUUUUUUAUUUAACUUAGAUAUCUUUGAAGCCUAUUAUAACAAGAUUAUUAAAAAUUGUUGACUUUAAGGGAAACGGGGAUCUUCAACAAAUUACAGAAACAAGAUAAGUAGCUUAAAAUAAAAAUGCAGUUGCAAAAAAAAAUUACACAAGUUUAUGGCUUGAGACAUAGUAUUGACAUUAUUUCCUCAAGUUGCGAAUCCCUAUUUUGACUCCAUGUCUAAAAGCUGUGAUAUUUAGGAGAGUCAAAUUAAGGAUUUGUAGCUUUGGGAAAUAAUGUCAACAAUAUAUAUAUAUAUAUGUACAUGCAGGCUUUGUAGUUGUUUUUUUUAAGUUGUACAGCCAUAUCUAUUCAAUGUAAAUAUAAGAGAAUGUGUCAUAAUAUAAUAGGUUAUGUAUACAAAUAAGUAUUUUGAAUCUUUCUUAUAGUUGUUAUAUUUCCCCCUUCCUCUUCCUCCUCUCUUCUGGCCAUAAUAUAGUCAGUCAGGGUUUUGCUGCAGCUGACCAUAUUUCCUUUGAGUGAUAUUCUGCACACACUACAAGGGAAAGAAAGAUAGUGAUAUAAUCAAUUCAGAUUUGUUAAUUAACAUGUUUGGGUCAUGACACUUCUUCGACUUUAAGAUCUGGUGGGCUGUUACUGCCACACAAUUUAUCUGAAACUAAAUAUUUUCUAAAUAAAAUAUAUAGAUACAAAAUUUCUUCCUCAAUUUUGCCUAGAAGUGCCAUCUCCUGCUUCCACGAUUCUUGCCACUUCUUAUAGUCAGCUUCAAGGAUGGCUACUCUAUCUGCAGUAUCUAUAAAAUUUUCAAACAUGCAGUGUUGGCUAUAAUUCAACACUUGUUAUCAGCCGUCACCGUGAUUGCCAAUCUGAUGCUCGAAACUGAGCUUGGUGCAAUCUUUUAAACUACGGCUUAAAGUUUCUGUUGUAGGAGACAGCUUAGAUGUUUGUGUAAUGUUUUAAACAUUUGUGUAACAUGGUCAAAAUCGAUCAUGCAAUGAUAAAAAAAAAA